UACAACACUGUGAACAGCUGUUAUCCAUUUGCCUGCGUUGAUUUUUAAAGUUUACUCGGAACAAUUUCACAAUUGUUCUUUUUUCUGGUAAAAUGGAGAAAUUCGUGCGGGAUUCGCUGUCCAAAAUCUUAGAUUGCGUGGUCACAGAUCAAAUGAUGUCAGCAAUCUUAAGCAUCAAAGAUGACUACGAAUUUGACAACUAUUUCGGAAAUUUACUGAGCGAAGACAAUGAAGAGCAUCGUCUCUUCCUACUUAAUUGCCGGAGAAUGCUUCUCAGUGGAAAGCAGCCCCGAAGUAAUAACAAGAACAGCAAACAACAGCCAACAUCCACAGCGCCGAUAAAAGCAGGCGGCGGUGGCGGCAGUGGAGUGAAGGUAAAGCCUGGAAAAUUUGUUAAUUUGUAUGCCAACGAUGGAAAAGUCUUGGGCGACACCAUAUUACUGAAGGGUCGACGGCCCUGCGAGUGCCAGGCGGCGCAGCACAAGCUGAUCAACAAUUGUCUGGGCUGCGGCCGGAUUGUGUGUGAACAAGAGGGCCCUGGUCCCUGCUUGUUCUGCAGCGAGCCCGUCUUCACGCCCGAGGAGUUAUUGCGGUUGGCUAAGGUGGCGCGUGAAAGCAAGCAGAAUGUCAAAGCAGCUACCAAGCAGGGCAAGAAAUCCAAGGAUUCAGCAGCAGCCAAAGAAACUGCCUCCAAGGAAUCCCUCGAAAAGGCACUGGCCCAGAGGGAUCGCCUACUGGAGUACGACAAGAACAGCGAGAAGAGAACGACCGUCAUUGAUGAUGAGCUCGACUAUUUCCAGGAAAACUCCGUGUGGCUGAGCAAGGUGGAGCGCGAGAAGUUCGAGAAGCUUAAGGGCGAGAUGCACGAAAUGAAGCACGGCAGCCGGCUGAAUCGCAAGAUUCGCGUGGACUUUGCUGGCCGUGAAUUACCAGAGGAUUUGCCGGUUUCCAAGGAGUAUGAACAGCAGGUGAUCAACGAACUGGCGGCGGUGUCGAAAGCAGCGGGCGGUGCAUCCAACUGGAGCUCCUCCUCCCUCACAGGACACUCGGCAAUGGUCUUAGCGCCAAUUUUGGAUUUGACCAAGCCGCCAGUUUACAAGACCAGCAAGGAGGCAACGAACCGUUCAGCGGCGCCAUCAGGCACAGAUGGACUGGAGCAGAUUUACAAUCGAGUGCAGGAUAAGGAGCUGCUUGAAAUGCAGGAUAUGCGUCAGUGCCUUUCGAUGCAUCAGCCAUGGGCUUCUCUUCUAGUCGCGGGAAUUAAAAAACACGAAGGUCGAGUUUGGUACAGUGAACACCGUGGAAGACUGUGGAUUGCUUCCACCUCUAAAGAACCGCACGCCGAGGAUAUUGCCCACAUGGAGGAGUUGUACCGCGUGAUUUACAAUGAUCCCAAUAUUACAUUUCCUAGUCAUUAUCCUACGGCAAGUCUGUUGGGUUGCGUUCACGUGGAUAGCUGCCUGCCGCAGGAGGAGUACAGGGAUAUAUAUCCCAACGGGGAAUCGGACAGCCCGUAUGUCUUUGUCUGCUCUAAGCCAGAACAGCUGAAUAUCCUGCUGCCCGUUAAAGGCGAACACAAAAUAUAUGAACUUCCUCUGAAAACGCACAGUGCCGCCUGCAAAAUGCUGCUCCGAGCCAGAGCCAGCAAGGCUUAAUAACAAUAGGUGACAAAAUUAGAUCAAAACCAAACACAUUCUAAUUAGUUUUAAGCCAGCAUUACAUUCAAAAUGGCCACAUUCUGUGAAUAUUAAUUAAAUUUGGAUUGAAAAAAAGGGAGAAAACUAAUGCAAAUGACAGGCUUCAAUUGCUUUUUAAAGAACUGUCCAAAAUAAACUCGCAAAAGCAACGUAA